AUGGCUCAAGAUCUGCUUUCUUGGGGAGGUUUUUGGAUGGAGGGUCGUGUUAACAACUACAACGACAUGAAGGAAAUUAUGAGGACGCUACGGCAACUUACGGAACGCAUCGCUCGCAUUGAAGUUCGAACCCAGAUAGGUAAGAGUUCUGACGGGGAGGGAUGUGUGAAGCCUUAUCUGAACCGAGUAGCUCGCAUCGACACUCUAAGCCGUGGGAGUCUCGACAAGGAGUAUGAGGGGGAUAGCCCUUUUCAUUAUUGCGCUUCGCUGUGUGAGUCAAGUGAAGAGGGGCACGGUUAUUCUCAUUGUGUCUUUGAAGAACUUGAUUUUCAGGUUCCUUCAAAGUGUAAGUCAUCCUUGUCACUCUAUUUGGUUGAUUUUGUCAUCUGGAAAGCCCGCAUUCAGAUUUGGCUCUUUGAGCAAAAGGACCAGAGGAUUGAAGGCCGAAUCAUUGGUUUUGAUGAGUACAUGAAUUUGGUUCUGGAUGAGGCCGAAGAAGUCAGCAUCAAGAAAAACACCAGAAAGUCAUUGGGAAGGAUUCUUCUAAAAGGAGACAACAUAACUCUGAUGAUGAACACUUUGAAGUUUGAAUCCCGUCUAUCCAUGAAUUUGGGGCCUUUCGUUUAUAAUAAUGUCGGGCACCAAUGUGGCAUCAAAGCUCAAAUACAUAGCCAACCCUUGGAGUUGAAUCACUGUUAA